AUGCUACGCCAGUUUGCUGUAGCGUUGUUGACACCGGCCGUGGCCGCGCUAUGUACCAAGCCCGGAGUGUGUGUUGUUGAACCUGGUCCGAAUGGUACGGACUCAGCACCGGCUAUCAUCGACGCUUUCGAGCGUUGCGGACGCAAUGACGAGUCCCAUCGAGGCAAAGUCUUCUUCAAGAAUGAGACAUAUAAUAUUAAAAGCGUGAUGAACACGACUGGCCUCACUAACGUCGAUGUCGAUCUCCAAGGCACUCUGCUAUGGGACCAGAAUAUCCCGUACUGGCUCAGCAAUUCUUUGCCCGUGGGUUACCAGAACCAAUCGAGUGCAUGGCUAUUUGGGGGUGAUAACAUCAGCUGGAUCGGUCAUGAUAUUGGUACACUUGAUGGAAACGGUCAGGUGUGGUAUGACUUCAUCAAUGGAACCAACAACUAUCCUGGUCGGCCACACCAGAUUACUAUCACCGGGACACACAACAGCUACUUUAGUGGUCUGCGCUUCGUGCAGUCGCAGAUGUGGACGAUGACAUUGAUCCAUAGCAGCAAUGUUCUUCUGGAGGAUAUCUACGUCAACAGCACGGACACUAGUCAGGCCGUUGGCUUUGGUUUCUCGUCUCUGAACACUGACGGGGCCGAUACUGUCUAUGCUGACAACAUCACAUUUCGUGGUUGGACCGUGGAUAACGGUGACGACAGUAUUGCCAUGAAGGCCAACAGCACCAACAUUCUCAUCGAGGACUGCCAUUUCUACACAGGUCUCGGAGUUGCUAUCGGAUCCAUCGGACAGUACAAGGACACGUUCGAGUUUAUCGAGAAUGUGACAGCACGGAACAUCGAGAUAACUAACAUGCGUUACGGCGCGUAUGUCAAGACAUGGACCGGCAUUCAGAGUGGAUAUCCGCCGAACGGCGGUGGUGGCGGUCUAGGAUAUGCGGCCAAUAUGGUAUUCUCGAACUUCACCCUGCACAAUGCGACGGGAAUCUUUGCGCUGACGCAGUGCACGCACUACAACGACGCCAGUGGCGACUGCGAAACGUCCGAAUUUCAGAUUCGCAACCUCAGGCUCGAAGACUGGAAAGGUGACUGCACGAGCGAUGUUGUUGCGGAUAUCCAGUGCUCUGCGGCGGCACCUUGCACCGGCGUUGAGAUCGAGGGGAUUGACAUCAUCGAUACAGUAAACAACACCGCCCCCGCUAAUUACCUGUGUGAUAGUGUAGUUGAUCCCACCGGGUUCACCUGUACUGGUGCGCCAUGGGAGGAGAACAGCCGAUAA